CGUCGCGUGGGAACCGAUUAUCGCAUCUUCUUAUCAAAAAACAUCCUCUCCUCCACCAGAAAUCAAUUCAACCCAGUCCGUACAGAAAAGCAAAACAGAGAGAGUCGGCGAAGAAAAAUGCUCUCAACACCCUCCUCCUCCCACCGCCAUCGCCCACCCCCAAGCGAACGACGAGACCGACACCGCCAACACACCGACCAACCCCCAAUCCAACCAGCCUACGAACCACCCAUCGCACCCCUAAACACAACCGGCCAACAAGCCCUCGCGGCCCUCUUACAGACCAACUCCCUCCGUCACCUAAAGACACACCUCCAGCACGCGGGGGAGAAACUAACCGACUCAGCCGGCGAAGUCAACGAACGACUCACCGAAGCACGGGGACGAUACGAGAAAGAAAAACGAAAGAAGCGGGCCCGCGAAAACGACCACGAGAACCACGGAGAGGGAGAUAGUCGCAGUCCCACCGUUGCACCGGAUAAUGCGAACGAGGAACUGGCGCGGUUAACGCGGACCGAGGGAAAGGUUAAGGAUGUUACGGCUUUGCUGGAGGAGAAGAUGAGGGGGAUUGUCGAUGCUGAGGUUAAGGUUGAUGGGUUGACGGGGGUGCUUGUGGAAUUGGGGCGGGAGGCUGAGCAGGCGAGUGUUAGUGGGAAUCGGCCUUCGCAGAGGAGACGGCGGGGGAUGAGGAGGGUUAAUGAAGAUGGGGAAGAGGAUGAUGAUGAAGAAGAAGAAGAUGAGGAUUACGAAGCUACACCGGAGCGCGAGGCGAGAGCUAGGGAAAUCGCACCGAGUCGGAGGCUGGAUGAGAAAUUGAAGGAUGAUUUUGCUAAUUGGGAGAAUCUGUCACUUACGCAACGAUACUCCACCCACAACUCCUACAUAGGCUUCUACCGCAUCGUCCACGACGCCAAACAUCCAGGCGAAGACAUCCCUCCCCUCCCUCACGCCUCAACCUGGUUCAACCACAUGGAAGACCCAACCUCCACCUCAUCCACCACCACCACCUCUAACCGCCCCAACCGCCGCACAAGACGCGACCCCUCCCCCGCCGACUCGGACGAAAUCGCCAUCGAACGCGAACGCAUCUCGCUAAAAUGCCCCCUCACCCUCCUCAACUACCGCGACCCCGUAACGAGCACGAAAUGUCCGCACAGUUUCGAGCGCGAGGCCAUCUUCGGCAUGAUCGCCCAAAGCCCCAGCACCAUCCCUGACCCGGCGGGAGGCAGGAAUCGGCGGGUGAAGACGGUCAAGUGUCCGGUUUGUUCGGUGGUGUUGACGGCGGAGGAUUUGCGGGGUGAUCCUGUUUUGUUGAGACGGGUGCGCAGGGCGGAGGCUGCUGAGCGGCAGGAGGAGGAGGAGGAUGACGAUGAGGAUGGGAGUCAGGAUCGGCCUAGGCGGACCAAGGGUAGUCGGAAGAGUGGGAUUACUGUCGCUAGUGAUGAUGAGGAGGAGGAGGAGGAGGAUGCCGAUGAUAUGGAUGUUGAUGGAGAUUCGGGUACUGAGCGUGCUCAAUCUUCCCAGCAGCAAAUCCGCAUCAAGCAGGAAAGGGCCAUUUCUCGUGGUCUGAGUACGGCUCCAGAUAUGAUGGAUGAUGAUGAAGACUAGUCUGGUUCACAUUUUAACAGUACAUUAAAUAGUUAAUGUGAUAUCCCUGUAUUUUAUUACGAUCUUGGGUG